GCUUAUCUCCGUGAAGUCAUGAACGAACGAUGCGAGAAGCUGACGGAAGUUGCUGGUGAGAAUUCGCAGCAGACGGCAGCUUCUUGUGCUGAUGUUGCAAUGAAUUUGACAAGCGCAGUCAAUGAGAACUGUGGUAACGAGGGAUCACAUGUCACUGUUGCGACGGAUGUAGCCAAAAAAGGAUCAAAACUUAUUGGCCAGGACGGGGCUUCCACUGCUGAGAAUUCAGAGGAACAACAACAACAGCUUGUAGCAGGAAGCCCACACACCUCGCGUAUUCCGCGAAGUAAUUUGCUGCAGCAGUUGGUGUCCUUCUAUAGGGCUCAAGCUUCUCCGAAGUUUGCAUCUAACCGGACUGCCGUCUCUUUUAAAACUCCAAAACGAAAUGUUUUGGCUGCAGUGGAACAUGCAACUGUGGAAGAUCUCACGCCACCGUCCAGUGCGCUCAGAGCAAUUUCGCAGUACAGUUCUUCUUCCUCUUCAGCAAAUGUACACUUUUCUAUUGAAUUCACUGUCUCAAGCACUUCGGUGAUGCCUCAAAAUUCCUCGAAUGUUCUUUUUACUUCGAAGACACCUCGAAAUGCCUCAGGCACUUCGAACGCAUCUCAGAAUGCUUCACUCGCUCAGCAGUCGCAGAAUACGCUUGAAAUGGUGAAAAGAGGUAAUGAGCAAGCGACAAAUGACACCACACUGAAUGCGGCUCCAGCUGGGCCCCUAACGCGCUAUGCUUUCGAUCAUCUGAAGAACGGCGGAACACCGCGUCCAACUUCGACAACCAGAAAAAUUUUGGCUAAAAGGAUUGCUGAAGAUAAUGGCGUACCAUCAGAGCCGAGAACGCCGCCUUUUGCCAGAAUUGGUAAUCUCAUUAGCUUUUUACCGCACUCAUUCCGUGGUCGCUUAACCGAAUAA